ACAGUGCGGAACUAAAGCAAAUGGUUAUGAGCCUUAGAGUUUCUGAACUCCAAGUACUGUUGGGCUACGCUGGGAGAAACAAGCACGGACGCAAACACGAACUUCUCACAAAAGCCCUGCAUUUGCUAAAGGCUGGCUGCAGUCCUGCUGUACAAAUGAAAAUUAAAGAACUCUAUAGGCGGAGGUUCCCCCAGAAAAUCAUGACGCCUGCGGACUUGUCCAUCCCCAACGUACAUUCAAGUCCUAUGCCAGCAACUUUGUCUCCAUCUACCAUUCCACAACUCACUUAUGAUGGUCACCCUGCAUCAUCACCGUUACUCCCUGUUUCUCUUCUGGGACCUAAACAUGAACUGGAACUCCCACAUCUUACAUCAGCUCUUCACCCAGUCCAUCCGGAUAUAAAACUUCAAAAAUUACCAUUUUAUGAUUUACUGGAUGAACUGAUAAAACCCACCAGUCUAGCAUCAGACAACAGUCAGCGCUUUCGAGAAACCUGUUUUGCAUUUGCCUUGACACCACAACAAGUGCAGCAGAUCAGUAGUUCCAUGGAUAUUUCUGGGACCAAAUGUGACUUCACAGUGCAGGUCCAGUUAAGGUUUUGUUUAUCAGAAACCAGUUGUCCACAAGAAGAUCACUUCCCACCCAAUCUUUGUGUGAAAGUGAAUACAAAACCUUGCAGCCUUCCAGGUUAUCUUCCACCUACUAAAAAUGGUGUGGAACCAAAGCGACCCAGCCGACCAAUUAAUAUCACCUCACUUGUCCGAUUGUCUACAACUGUACCAAACACCAUUGUUGUUUCUUGGACUGCAGAAAUUGGAAGAAACUAUUCCAUGGCAGUGUAUCUUGUAAAACAGUUGUCCUCAACAGUUCUUCUUCAGAGGUUACGAGCAAAGGGAAUAAGGAACCCGGAUCAUUCUAGAGCUUUAAUUAAAGAGAAGUUGACUGCAGAUCCAGACAGUGAAAUAGCUACAACCAGCCUGAGGGUUUCUCUACUAUGUCCACUUGGUAAAAUGCGGCUGACAAUUCCAUGUCGGGCCCUUACAUGUUCUCAUCUGCAGUGUUUUGAUGCAACUCUUUAUAUUCAGAUGAAUGAGAAAAAACCAACUUGGGUUUGUCCUGUCUGUGAUAAGAAGGCCCCAUAUGAACACCUUAUUAUUGAUGGCUUGUUUAUGGAAAUCCUAAAGUACUGUACAGAUUGUGAUGAAAUACAGUUUAAGGAGGACGGCUCUUGGGCACCUAUGAGAUCAAAAAAGGAAGUACAGGAAGUUUCUGCCUCUUACAAUGGAGUUGAUGGAUGCUUAAGCUCCACAUUAGAGCACCAAGUGGCUUCUCAUCACCAGUCCUCAAAUAAAAGUAAGAAAGUAGAGGUGAUUGAUCUAACUAUAGACAGUUCAUCAGAUGAAGAAGAGGAAGAGCCAUCUGCCAAGAGAACCUGUCCUUCCCUAUCUCCAACAUCGCCACUAAAUAAUAAAGGCAUACUGAGUCUUCCACAUCAAGCAUCUCCAGUGUCCCGUACCCCAAGCCUCCCUGCUGUAGACACAAGCUAUAUUAACACAUCCCUCAUCCAAGACUACAGACAUCCUUUCCACAUGACACCCAUGCCUUAUGACUUACAAGGGAUAGAUUUCUUUCCUUUCUUAUCAGGAGACAAUCAGCAUUAUAACACCUCCCUCCUUGCUGCUGCAGCAGCAGCAGUUUCAGAUGAUCAAGACCUCUUACACUCGUCUCGGUUUUUUCCGUAUGCCUCCUCACAGAUGUUUCUCGAUCAGUUAAGUGCAGGAGGCAGUACUUCUCUGCCAACCACCAACGGAAGCAGUAGUGGCAGUAACAGCAGCCUUGUAUCCUCCAACAGCCUAAGGGAGAGCCAUGGCCACACUGUCGCAAAUAGGAGCAGCACGGACACAGCAGCCAUCUUUGGCAUCAUACCAGACAUUAUUUCAUUGGACUGAUCCCCACGCCCCUGCUGCUCCCAUCCCCACCCCAGAUUAAAGGAACUUGGCAGAAAGAAGAGAACUUUGUGCUAUGUUU